AUGGCAAACGUGGCCUUCAUGCAGGGACAGCUGGAUAAUGCAGAAAAGCUCUACAAAGCAAGUAUGAGCUAUUUGCUUGCAGGGGACACGAAAGAGGAUGACAAUGCAAUCCUUGAGAUGUCCCUCAAGCUGGCCAGUAUCUAUGCUGCUCAGAAACAGCACAAAUUAGCCCUGGCUGGAUACGAGUUCUGCAUCCUCACCUUAGAGGAGAAGAUUGCCAAGCAGAAGGACUUGCCUGAGGAUGUGUUACCAGCUGAAGAAAAGGCCAACACCCGUCUCUUGCUUGGGAUGAGCCUAGACUCUUAUGCUCGCUAUCUCCUAAACAUUAACCAGCUCCCAGCGGCCCAAAAAAUGUACGAGAAGGCUCUGCAGAUAUCAAAAGAUAUUCAGGGAGAGACUCAUCCACAGACUGUGGUCCUGAUGAGCGACUUGGCAACUGUACUGGAUGCUCAGGGCCACCAUGAUGAGGCGUAUUCCUAUGUGAAGAGGGCAGCAGAGCUGGCAAAGGAGACUCAACACCCUGAGGAGCACAUGGUGCUGAACAACCUUGCAGCAAUUCUGAUGCACAAAGAGGACUUUCUGCAAGCAAAACAAGUGUACAAAGAAGCUCUCAAGCAGGCACAACAGAAGGGAGAUGCUGCUUCUGUUCAGCAUAUCCAGGAAGAACUAGCUGAGCUGGCUAAGAGGAGAAAGGGCUCCAAGUAAGUUUGGCCACAGAGUCUGACCUUGAGGUGGCCAACAGCAGCAAGGGCUGGUCAGUACAAGCAGCCUUGGUGCAAUUCUCCAGGGAAACAGCAAGGAGUUUAAGGACUGCGUAACAAGAAGGGCUGCUAUUGCCUAACAACUUAGCCCAAAAUAAAGUUGUGAAAUCUUAA